AUGCGCUUCACCAGCACCUUCUAUCUCGCCACCUCUGCGGCGCUCUUGAGCGUCGCUUCGUUGAGCUCUGCACAGAGCACGACUUCGGCAGCUGCGACGCCUCAAUCGUCUUACAUUCCCACUUCCGGAGCUUCUCCUCAAUGCACGCAGUACAUGUCCGAUCUGAACAGCGACGAUACGCUAGAGCAGUGCAUCGCUCCACUGCUGGAAGCGACCAACUUUUUCGCAAAGUCGACCAACGACACUGCGCCAUCCAGCAUGGAGCUGACUGGCAGUCUGGACAGGAUCUGCUCCGCUUCUGCUUGCGAUUCGGGCACCAUCAGAAAGAAGCUUUCGGACUUUUAUAGCGCUUGCAGAGCAGAGGUGCAAGCUACUCAACAGCAGGUGCUCGAGGUGUACGACUUUUUGUACCUCAUCAACCCUUUCCGUCAAGCCGUCUGCACAAAGGACGACUCGCAAAAAUACUGCUUGCUGUGAGUGUGGCCCGCGCGCGCAUACAUUUGGGUGGGGGGUGGAGAGGAGGUGACAGCCAUGAGUCUUGUCCCCAUGUAGCGGGCAAGCGGGAGCCGGAUUUUGAAGGCACGACGAGCGCUUGCGCCAUCAGCCUGCUUGUCUUCUAUCGACGCUAAUCACCGACUCCCUCUAAACCCCCCCGCUCCGCAGCAACAUCGCACCCACAGCGGCCAAGACGGCCACCACGAAGCGAUCCCUGGGCACUGACGACCCCGAACUGUCGGGCGCUGCACGCCGACACGACGCCGUUCAAGUAGCCGAGGAGAUUGUUCGUCGGCAAACCACCGUGGCAGCAGAUGACAAUCUGGACCAAGGUGUGGGCGCGACGGCAGCGUCUAGCAGCGCGGACACCAACAUCGCCUUCUUGUUUCUGCAGCCAGAUGCGCAGAAGGAUGUGCUGUGCUCCAGCUGCACCAAGAACAUCCUUGCGGCCUACAUCGAGUUUGAGACUUCCAUUCCUUACGCCAUCGGUCUAUCUCGCUCUAGCCAGCUAAAGGGUCAGUCGGACUUGUACAAGUCGGCAAAGAAGACGUGCGGCAACGACUUUACCGUUUCCAUCAACCAGAUUGCUGGAACGACUGCUUUCUCCGAGGUCAGCGCCGCUGGCAAGAUGUUGGCUACCUCUGCCGUCGCCGCCAUCGUCGCUCUGCUCGUCUCUGUCGCGCUGCUCUUCUGA